UUUCCCGCCUUGACGCCUGCUGUGCGUACGCCGACUCCUAGCAAAACAAAACAUUUAUACUGGUUUUAAUCAAAAGUAAACCAAAUCUCCUUUAAAAAAUGUAAUCUCGUGUAACAUCAGUGCACAAUGUUAUAGUGUAACUAUUUAAAAAAGCGGAAAAGUGUCCUACAGCCAGAUCAUUUGUGUGAAUGCAUUGGAUACCUUCGACACAGAAAGAAACGCCAAGGAUAAGAGAAGCAUACAGCAAUCAACAUUCCUCGCCGUGCGCUUUCUCGACAUCUGUUAUCUUUACACGGCAUUGUAGCCAUUAUUACUACCGUAAACAAAUCAACGCUCAUCGUGCAGCAACAAUCUAAUCAAUCUUUCUCGCUGGCGACACAGACACACACACGUACACUCGCCAGUGCAACACAGCCAAGAACUAUCGAACAUCGACCAUACACCAAUAAACGUUCGUCAGCAGAGUGCGAAAUUGAAUGAACGGCCGUGCACGGUCGGUGUGCUGCUAACAGCUUCAAUUAGAGAGGCUGUAGAAUCUUCACCCGAUUGCUACCCGACACUUCCCGCAGCAUCACAGGCGACGAGAUAGCAUUAUCUGGGCAUUGCAACUACGCUGACUGCAGGAGGGUUGGCCCGCGUAGAAAGGGAAGCUCAUCCCGCCUGAUAGUAGAUUCCCUUUCAAGCUGUUGCUUGAUAAAAACCAUCGCGUGUAAUACAAUCAGCGUGAGAGAUGUCUACGAUCCCUCGCGCACUGUAACCCAGGAGGGUAUGUCCGGCGUUGGUGUGAAGAGCAGUCGUCAGCGAACCGUCGAUCAGGUCGGUCACUGGGAGCGUGUCCUAUGACGGCGUUAGCGCUUUGCCUACGAUGACAAUGUCUGCUGAAACUGCGAAGCCGGAUGGCUCGGGUGAGCACAGCCAACCCGGUGCGCAGGAUGACGGCGAUGCAGGCAGCAGUAAUGUAGCAGGUGCUAUGGCAACGGCCAGCGUACGGGCGGAACGAUGGUACGAGAAAAUCUCCGUCGAACCGUCGAUGUUCCUGUACAUGAUGGCGUUUAUGCUAACGUCGGUGGUGGAGCAGGCGUUCUUCCUGUACAAAGCGUGCACCGUCGAUCAUGGCUAUUCGCACGAGAUUUGCCUCAACAUCGAGCAGUACCAGGAUAUCAAAAAGCAGGUCCAGGUGACGACCUCGACCUUUCAUCAGUGGAACAACAUCGCCAUGUACGUGGUGCCGAUCGUGCUGGCCCUGUUUCUCGGCGCCUGGUCCGAUAGACGUGGCCGCAAGCUGCCACUCAUCCUCGGGCUGAUGGGCAAGUUUGUCUACUCGGUCAUGAUCGUGGUGAACACGCGCAUGCCCUCGUGGCCGGUCGAGUACAUCAUCUACACGGCCACGAUCCCGAGCGUACUGACCGGGGCCGACAUUGCCAUCUUCGCCUCCUGCUUUGCGUACAUCUCCGACAUCACGACGGUGGAGGAGCGCACGCUGCGCAUUACGAUACUGGACGCCACCUACCUCAGCACCAUGCCGAUCGGUGUCGCGCUCGGCAAUGUGAUCUUCAACCACACGGGCAAAUCGUACACGAUCAUGUUCAUCAUCAACGCGUCCCUGCUCGCCUGCUCGAUCGUGUACUCGAUGCUGCGGCUGAAGUCGCGCACCACCGAACGCCAGUGCUCGAUCCGCGAGCUGCCGUGGUACCGCAUGCCGCUGGACUUUUUCGACCGCCAGCACGUGGUGCGCUCGGUGCGCACGUUCGUACGCCGGCGGACGAUGCACCGGCGCACCUACAUGUACCUGCUGAUGGUGGCCAUGUCGUUCUACACGUUCCAGCGCGACGAGAAGCCCAAGAUGUACCUGUACACGCAGCUGCGCUUCAACUGGGACACGGAUCUGUACAGCUACUUCAAGACGUACCAGUCGGCGGCGUACGUGGUGAUGAUGUUUCUCGGCGUGCCGCUCUUCACGAAGGUGCUCGGGCUGAAGGACACGCUGAUCAUAAUGAUUGGUGCGCUGGCGCACGCCAGCGCCCGGUUCGUGUACAUCUUUGCCCAGGUCGGCUGGGUGCUGUACAUCGGGGCUACCAUCUCGAGCGUGGGCCCGGUGGUGGCGCCCGUGCUCCGGUCCAUGAUUUCCAAAAUGGUGCCCACCAACGAGCGCGGCAUCAUCUUUUCGUUCCUUUCCGUGUUCGACAAUGCGGUGCCGCUGUUUAGCGGCGUACUGUACACGCAGGUGUACAACUCGUCGAUCAACACGUACCCGCAGGCCAUCUUUCUGCUUACCAUGGGCACGCAGAUGAUCGUGUUUUUCAUUGCACUCGCAAUACACAUUUCACUCCGAGGUCGACGGAUGGAAGAAUGCACCCCGGUCGAGAAGCCACCGGGAAGCGGGCUGAUCGACGAAGCGAAGGCUCCCGCUAUCGAUGACGAUGCGCCGGCCGUUUCUCAAUCAUAGUGCGGCAGGUGACAGUGUACCGCCACCGCCACCUUCCGUUUAGUGCGAUCCGACUGAUAAUCCGUUCGCGUGACGAUCGUGAUGUGAGUGAUAAUGCAAGGCAGUUUGGUGGUAAAGUGCUUCAAGUGGUGUGUUAUUAGCAUUACUUUCUACCGAUUCGUACGAAACCAUCCGUUAGUGUUAGAGUUUAAAAGAUUUGUUUCCUUUUUUGCAAAUAGAUCCCUUUGGUAACA